UUACGGCGCUGCGGAGGCGGCGGCCAUCUUGGCGCCGGAGCGAUGAGCGGGUCGAACCCGAAAGCGCCGGGCGCGGGCUCGACCGCCGGGCCCCGGGGGCUGGUGGCUGGCAAGGAGGAGAAGAAGAAGGCGGGCGCCGGCGUCCUGAACCGGCUCAAGGCGCGGCGGCAGGCGCCCCACCACGCGGCCGACGACGGCCUCGGGGCCGCGGUCACGGAGCAGGAGCUGCUGGCCCUGGACACCAUCCGGCCCGAGCACGUCCUGCGCCUCGGCCGGGUCACCGAGAAUUAUUUGUGUAAACCCGAAGACAACAUCUACAGUAUUGAUUUCACCCGCUUCAAAAUCCGCGACUUGGAGACAGGGACAGUGCUGUUUGAGAUCGCCAAGCCCUGCGUCUCAGACCAAGAGGAGGAGGAGGAGGCAGGUGGGGAUGUGGAUACCAGUGCAGGACGCUUCGUCCGCUAUCAGUUCACACCAGCAUUUCUCCGCCUCCGGACAGUCGGGGCUACGGUGGAGUUCACCGUGGGAGACAAACCUGUGUCAAACUUCCGGAUGAUCGAACGGCACUAUUUCCGGGAGUGCUUGCUGAAAAACUUUGACUUUGAUUUCGGCUUCUGCAUCCCCAGCAGCAGGAACACUUGUGAACAUAUCUACGAGUUUCCCCAGCUUUCUGAGGAUGUCAUUCGUCUGAUGAUUGAAAACCCCUACGAGACCCGUUCUGACAGCUUCUACUUUGUUGACAACAAGCUGAUAAUGCACAACAAGGCCGACUACGCCUAUAACGGAGGCCAGUGACUGCGGGGCUGGACAGGGGAGUGCUUUGCUGCCGCCCAUGGUCCUGGCGCCUGGAAGUGGUUAAAGCUGCUGUAUGUCACGCACCGGGGACCUGGCCCCAGGACGCCACAGCUGGGGGGCAGUUUCCGGUGCCCCGAGAAGGUGCCACGCAGCGCUGUUUCCUUCCCCAGUAUUUUCUCUUUCCUCUUUGCCCUGCCCUUUAGGUCAGAGGUCCUAUAUAGUAAAGAUUAGGAUAAGGUCCCUCAAAUCCAGAUUGAAAAAGAAAGACUAUUUUCAUGUAGUCAUAGCUGCCUAGUGGUUGUCCUGGCCAGCCGGUGUGUCUGCAGGGCUGUGCCAGGCGAGGGGGCACGGGCCUUCUGUAGGUUCCCGGGCCCGUGAGCUGCGAGAGCAGCCUCUUCGGCUCCGUCUCUUAUUCCUGGGGUUGCCAUCGGCACCGUCUGACCUCAGCCUGUGCAUAGUUAGAAACCAAAUGGAAAGAAACUUGAAAGGGGGUGAGGGAGGAAUGGCGCCAAGAGGUGAGGCACGAGGCUGGUAAGGCUGCCGCACUGCAGGGCCCACUGUAUGGAGCGGCUGCUCACCUGUCUGACCGGCAUGGUCCCAGGCAGCCCUCCCGGGGCCCACAAGGUGUCAGCUGGCACCUUCCGACUUCGUUCUGAGGGGAGAGGAGCUUGCCUGCUUCGGGCUCCGGACUCACGUACCUUCUGAAACAGAACGUCAUCUCUCGAGGCCGAGCAGGCCCCGCUGUGUGCUGUUUUUUCCAGGCUGCUUUUUGGGAGGUUGUGUGAAAUGUCAGUGGCGGUCCUGGCGUAUGUGCCGUGCAGUUAGACUUCUGGUAGCGCAGUUCAGGCUCUUGGGGCUGCCCUGGCUCACGUUGGGGCUGGUAUAGUCACUGACCAGCAGCCGCUUCAAGGCCGCGUUGGAUUUCCUGCUCAGCAUGGCCUGGAGGACUGGCUUUUAAUGGGGAUUUGCCUCUAAAACUCUGUGGACUUCUUACUUAGGGUCUCUCUGUCUGCCUUUCUACUGAAGUUGUUUCUGGAACCAUCCUGGCAGGUCAGAUCUAAGUAAUGCAUAUCAGUCCUUCAUACUGCCAGUUGGAAUCUUUUUGGGUGCGAGGCCUCUCAGCCUGUUUCACCUGUUCCGAGGACGAGUUCUCAGAAAAGCUUCCUUGCACAUCCGGCUCCUUUGUCGCAGGCCUUGCCGGAGACUCUCCCCUCCUCCGCGCCCCGUGGUCUGACCGGGCGGUGACCUCAGGGGCUUGAAGGUCGCUGCGGUGGCCAGGCUUCGGCGCUGAUAGGAAGGCCACUCGGGAGGUCCCAGGGAUGUGGGGAUAGUGACUGGCACCGACACAGUGACUGGCAGGAAGCUGUUUCCCAAAGCGCGUGGGAGGAAGGACGAGAGGGGCCAGGGCAGGAAGGGCCAGCGCUGGGCCACGGGUGCCCUGUGCGUUCCGGGACCAAUGCUGCUCCCGUUUGGGUUCAGAGUAUGAGUGGUCUUGAGCCUCGGCGUGGUGCUGUGUGCCAGGCCAGAGUCCGGGCAGUGCCAGAUGCUGACGCUUUCUCACCGAGAAAGCCCCUGGUUAGCCCUGUGUGCCAGCACCGGGUCCGACCAAUGAGGGGAGGGAGGUCCGGCACUGCAGACCGGGAAGUCUCAGCACUGGAGCGGAUACAAACCCAGGUGCCUUACGUGGGCUCUGCCCCACGCUGCUGGGGAGGCUGCCGCGCCCUCGCUCCCCCGGACAGCAGCCCUGCCUCUUGCCCUCACCGUGGUUCCGCUAGCACCUCAUGCCUGUCGAGCUUCAGAAGCCCCAUCUGUGACGAGCCCAGAGCCCCAUCAGGAGGGUUCCUACCAUUUGAUGUUUAAUUUGCGUCAGGAUGUGGCUUCUGGAGCUGCCCAGAGCUCUGCUUAGUAGAGGGCGUCUUGGAAAUGUGUCCCAGGGCAGCCUGGGUCUGGCUUGAAUAGCGCUGCGUCCUCUUCCCCACUAGCUUGCCUUAGUCUCCCUGGAGACCAUGUGUUGAGGCCAAGUGCUCCCACUGCCCAGUAGGACAGGGUUGGUAUCCUGUGCGACUGCAGGCCUGUGCUCUGUGCCUGAGACUCUGGACUCUUGGGUCCUGCUGCUCAGGGAAGCUUGAGAAGCAUCACCACUCUGGGUGUUAACCAGGGUGAGUCUGAAGUUCACGUUUUUGUUCCUGAAUUGGGCAGAGAAGUAGAAGUCAUACUUCCUCUGAAAGUAUCUGAACCAAUCAGAAGUUGAAUCAGGGCUGGAGGCCAACGCUAGUGAGGAACCUGGACUGUGGGUGAUACGAUGGGAGGAAAAAAAAGCCCUGCAGCCCUGGCUGGUGUGGCUCAAUGGGCAGAGCCUCGGCCUGAGGACCGAAGGGUCCCAGACUCAAUUCCAGUCCAAGGCAUGUACCUCGGUGGCAGGCUUGAUCCCCAGCCCAGCCCUGGUCUCAGGGUGUGUGCAGAGGCAACCAAUGGAUGCAUCUCUCACAUCAGUAGUUCUCUCUCUGUGUCUCUCCCCCUCCCUUCCACAUUCUCUGAAAAUCAAUGUGGGUGAAUAUCCUUCGGAGAGGAAUUAACAACAACAACAGAAAGGCCCUGCCUGCUCUCUCUUCGUGGAGAGGGACAGCUCCUGGAGGGAGCACCUCCCCAGGGCUGGCCGCCCGCCUGCUGCCCGGGCCUGCUGCCUCCUGCCUUGCUCUUGCCCCUCUGCCUUGGAGUCUCCUGGGAGAGCCUCCCUUCUCCGGUGAGGCCUUCGGGCUCAGAUGGGCUUCUAGCUUCUCCAAAGAAGACCCUGCUUUGUUUUGUCUGUGUGCUAACGAGUAACUAGGCAAUAAUUAGUGCUGGCUGCCCUCCCCUCGGGUGUUGCUCAGUUAUCUCACAGAGGCGGCCGUUUCCAGGGGCCGGUAGGACUUCCUGAAGACACCCGUCAUCUUUGGGCAUCUGAUUCCCAAGUGAGGCAGGACUUUGGGACGUUGGGCCUAACCAUAGGCUGGCGAUUCUUGGAAUGGCAGUGACUGGGGAAUCUUCAACCUGUUUUUUUCAGUUGAGGGUCCCGGAUUCUCUGUGUGAGAGGACAUAUGCGGCUGUGUCUAAUGUACAAACAAGGCGAGUCCUGCCGUAGUGUGUCCUGCCAGCUGGGGGCUCCCAGGGCCUUUCUUUCCUCUGUGAAGGAACCUUCUUCUGGUUCCCCUCUCAAGGGCUGGGGGCUGGGGACGUCUGUGCUAGAAAUCAGACGCCAUGCCAGUGCGCCAGGAUCCUGACACAGGCGCUGCUGAACCCGCGGAGCCUGGUCGGAGCCGUCACGUUACAUUCCAUGCAAUAGGCCGUCUUCGCCACGGGUCUGGCGGAGGUGGGCUUACCGUUUACAGGGUCACGUACAGUCACUGAAGCUGGGCGUGACUUUCCCUGUAAGUCUGUUUUUCACAGAAUAGAAGCAACAUCAGUGACCUGAGCUGUCCUCCUCUUACCUUCACCUGAGACCCUCGGUCCAGUUUUUAUUCUUUUCUAUUUUGCUAAUUGUUUUAUAACCACAACAAAUGAGUACAGAGAAUGCCCUGUUUGAAACAUCACAAUAAAGGUUCAAGAUCAAGGUGUUCCUUAGGCAAGGCUGAAGAUUGCAGUCUCUGGUAUUUGGAAUUUAGGCUGCAAUCCUUAUUUUUGGAUGGAUCAUGGUGUGUGGGACAGUCCCUGCUUUUAACCAGAUUUGAACAGAAGAAUGGCCACCUGGUCCAGGUAGAAGGAGAUGAAGUGUUUGGUUUCAUGUGUCACGUAACUACCGAAGUUCCUCCCCACGAUGCAGUGCCAGGUGGGGCCACACAUCUUGUCAAUUUUUUUUUCCUCAAAUUACGAGAGAAAGUAGAAGUGAGCCAGCUGGACUGUGGGCUCAGGAAACAAGUUACAGAGGCAGAAGGGCUCUUGGAGGGGAGAAGGGGGACGGGAAAGGCACUGCGUGCUCCUGAGAGGGAGAACAAGCCUCAGCUCCCCGCACUAUGGCCGCAGUGUGUUCCAGCACAUUCCAGGAGUCCCGCGGGGUCUCCUCCACACGGGCGGGUUUGAUCACCGCCUUCCUGUCACACAUGAUUACCGUGGAGCAGGGCUUGGCCAGUGGCAAUGGCCUCCUGGGGGAGGGGCUGGUGCAUCUCCCCCCUUCCAGUUUUUAUUGUCUUUGUGUCCAAAGUAAACUAGGUGACUAAUUUGUAUAAAAUGUUAUUUUGCCACAAGAGACAGAAAUAAAGAUUUUCACAGUAUAUGUA